AUGGUCAAAGAUAUUGAACACAUAAUCAGUCAGAAUGAUGCUCGACCAUCAGAAGAUGAAGUAGAUCCACAAUUGACUGACACAUUACUUGCUCAAAAACAAGAAUUACCCCAACAAAAAGAAGAACGAUCGACCUUGAUCAAGCACAUGUCUAUCAAUCUCUUUUGGAUCCUAGCUUGGUAUAUUUUUGCAACUAUUCUUUCUGUAUAUAACAAAUGGAUGUUUUCAAAAGAACACUACAACUUUCAAUACCCACUUUUUGUCACCAGUGUUCAUAUGAUCGUUCAAUUCGUCUUUUCUGGCCUCUCGCUCUUGUUUGUUCCAAAGCUAAGGCCAAAGAAUCGACCGAGUGCAACAAGCUACAUCCAGAGGGUAUUACCAUGUGCAUUGGCUACCAGUCUAGACAUUGGUCUAUCCAACCUGUCACUCAAAACGAUCACAUUAUCCUUUUACACCAUGUGUAAAUCAUCAACAUUGGCCUUUGUGCUGAUAUUCGCGUUUCUAUUUAAAUUAGAAAAACCUCAAUGGAAACUAAUACUUAUCAUCGUCAUUAUCACAGUCGGUGUUAUCCUGAUGGUAUCAGACGAGACCGAAUUCUCACCUAUUGGCUUCAUUCAAGUGAUGGGUGCUUCUGUCUUUGGAGGCCUACGAUGGUCCCUGACCGAAGUGCUGUUGAGAAAAGAAAGUAUGGGCCUGACCAACCCUUUUGCCUCCAUCUUCUUUCUUGCACCCUCUCAGGCCAUCAUCCUGUUGAUCAUCUCUGGUAUUGUCGAGGGAUACAUCCAUAUCUUUCAGAGUGCUUUCUUUGUUACCUUUGAGGAAGGCUUACACACAGUUGGUGUCAUCCUCGCAGGCGGUAGUCUCGCCUUCUUUAUGAUCGUAUCUGAAUUUUUCCUCAUCAAACGUACCUCGGUCGUCACAUUGAGUGUAUGUGGUAUAUUCAAGGAAGUCGCAACUAUCUUUAUUUCCUCUUUAACCUUUGGUGACGUUUUGACACUGGUCAACAUUAUCGGACUAUGCAUCACACUGUUUGGUAUUGGUUUAUAUAACUGGUUGAAAUUCAAAAUGAUGUCUCAAAAGGAGAAAAAGGUGUAUAGCACAGUGGCAGAAAGUACACCGAUGCUCUUGGUAGACAGUGCAGGUGAUUACUAUGAAUCGGAAAAUGAUGAUAUAGCAUUUUCAGAAAUUAUUCGCACACAAUAA